UAUUCCAAAACAGAAAAGUCAAUGUGAUGCUAUUUUAUAAUUUUUAGACUGCAUCGUGGAUCAGGGGACGUUAUUAAAGUUAGAAUUGAAGGGGGAAAAAAAACAUGAAACAGAGCAACCUUUCAUGCCUGAAUAAAUAAAUGAACCCGAGCUAAAACUUGGCGAUACUGUAGUGAAACAAACACAGUCGCUAUCCUGGAGUUAAGCUGAGGCGGUUAAUUAUUUACCUUCAAACACACUUGCCCAUGGCGCUCAGCCGCAUUUCUGCAGCGGACGCCAGUUAACUCGCAAUUUCAAACAUUAUUAUAAAAAAAGGAGUUUUAUAAAAAAAAGGAUACCUCCUGGAGCAUCGACGCUGCCGGAGAGGAACGGCGCUCCUAAAUGGAGCAGGUUCUCUCCAGCCCACGAGGUCAUUCCGACUGGGAAUCUGAUCAGAAUUCGCUCGGGUUUCUUCUUUUGGAUAAUGACGACGAAGCUGCCGCCACUGAUGGAGGCCACGAAAACGCUGAGAGACAUCACAGGCGAGAUGGUGGUAUUGUCUCUCUGAGCUUUGAUGAGAUAUUUCAGGACAACUCUUUGAAUCUGGAUGAAUUAUUCCGGGCGUCUCGGUAUUCUGGAUUAGAUCAGGCGUAUCCAUGGGAGCGAGGUUCCGACUGUGUCAUUCCGUCAUGGGAUAAACAGCAGUCUGUUCAAGAGCAACUGGCUGAAGGGGACUGCGGUGAAACGUCACAUGAUGUGGACACACCAGAUCUCAUCAGUUUUAAUUCUACUGCACCCAGUCCUACACACACUUGCACCUCUAUGCAGGCUGUGGACGUUUUGGGACCCGUAGUAGAGAUUAAUUCCGAGUGCCCUUUAGAUGGCCUCAUAGGCCAGCUUCCGCUGGACCCCUUGCUGGACCAGACACUCUCGGAAACCCUGGCUGAUCAUAGGACUAGUGAGAGUCCAGCCUCACACUGGACAACAGAUUUGACCUCCUCACAAACCACACCAGAGAAAUUGACGGAUGUUGCUGAGGAAAGCUCAACUAGGACUGCAUCCAGUAAUUUUAUAACUUUGCCCCUUAUCAACGAUUUGUCUUCCUCAUCACAAUGUUUGGUUUCCCACCCUGACAUCUCAGAUGCAUUCAUACCAACGCUGUUUUUGGAGUUACCUGUACAACCAUGUGAUGAUAUCCUCCAGACAGCAGAGACUACAAUCACAGGAUUGUUUUUAGAACAGGAGAGUGAUAUACCAUUAAUUAAUAACACGAUAUCUAAUGAAAUGCCUGAGGUUUUGUCCAGGCCACAGUCACCUUCGGGAAUGUCAGCAUCGAGGAAACCAUCUGUACAAGAAAGAACUUUUGCAGGAUCAGACUCUGAGGUCAACCCUGGGACAGCACCAAAGUCAAUAGCGACCAAUGGUCCUCCUUCAUGUGAUUAUGAAAUGAGUGUAGAAAUGAAAGACGUAGUGAAGAGCGACGUAACACCUAAUGACUCUGAGGUGCGGGAGCUUAAAUAUGAUUUCAGUGCAGCAGUUUUGUUGUCAUCACCCACAUUCGAAUUUGAGCAAAUGGCACCAGUAGAGUCCACAUUCACCUCUAACAACGCACUUUCUCCUGACGUCUUGCCUUCAUACAGUAACGAUGAGCUUCCUGUGAAUACGCAUGGUUCUGAGAGUGCCACAGUACAUUGUACUUACACUUCAUCUAAAACAUCAAGUGAAUUAGACCAUUCCGUAAACUUAGACCAUUCCGUAAUAUCCGACUUUCAUUCUAGUGACACCCAUAACCCAAAACCACUUGCCUCUGAGCAACAGAUUAUAACAGAUACACUUACCGCCUUGGAAGAAGAAUUAACUCUGAUUUCUCCUUUGGUUUGUUUAAACCUUGAUGGAAAUGCAAAGAUGGAAACAACCUCACUUGACUCUGAAUUCCAAACACACUACUUAUUAGAACAUGAUCUUUUAGAGGAAACAAGCAAAGAACAGACAAUCAACUUGUCCAAUGUGGACAUAUUAGAGAAAAUUACACAUACUCAAGCUGCUGUGGAUGCGCACGUUCAGGAGGUGGCAUCUGUUCACACGUCAGUGAACGGUACAGCUCAACACUGCCAGAACUCAAAUGACUGUAUGGCUGGGAUUAACCAGCAGCCAAACACGCAGGAUGACUCAGAGAACCAUUGCUUAGGUGCCCAUAACUAUAUAUCUAAAAAAUCAGUACCUCGAAGUGACAUUAAUGAUGAACUUCAGGAAAAACACACUCUGAUUGAAACAUUUGAUGGCAGCGUGAGUGCAACAUUAUCUGCCCCAGGAAGCCCAAAAGCUGAAGUCAUGUGUAUACGGGAGGUGAAAGAAGCUUUUGAGAGUGUUUCUGGCAUUUUAGACUCCACCCUCCUCUCAGGUGCAGAUAGUCCAGUAAGCCAAGUGGGCAUGGCACUGGAGCAGGAAAGGGGAGAGGCGACAUCAACACUCGGGUCGUCACCUGAUGUGAGGGUAGACGAGGAAACCAAUCUACCUGACCAAGCAGACCUGUCUCAGGUAGCAGAGCCACAACUGAACUCGCUUACUGAUGAGUCUCCCUGCAGAGAAACAUGUCCACCUCUGAUGGAGGACAACGUCAUUUUUCCUGACGGUCUUGACGAUGCCGAAAUGCCUCUGGAGUUAUGUGUGAGCGCAGAUACGAUUCAGGACGGGAGUGUAGGUGCAGGUGCGCUUCCAGCACCCGGGCCGCAGGAGGAGGAAGGGUCGGCACUGCGGGCUGUUUUUCAAGCUCUCGAUCAGGAUGGAGACGGGUUCGUGCGCAUCGAGGAAUUUAUGGAGUUUGCUACAGCGUAUGGAGUCGAGCAGGUGAAGGACCUGACUCGCUUUCUCGACCCGAGUGGCCUGGGAGUCAUCAGCUUUGAGGAUUUUCACAGAGGCAUCACAGCCAUCAGCAAUGGAGGAUCUGACCCAGAUCUCUACAAGCUACAGCUCACUUCAGGGGAUGCCAACGGGGUGGCCGAGGAAUACGAUGAGCAGGCGGAGGUGUCAGACAGUGCAUACCUGGGCUCAGAGAGCGCAUACAGCGAGUGCGAGACGUUUACAGAUGAGGACACGGGAGCCCUCGUCCACCCAGAACUGCACGAGGACGUCGAGACGGACAGCGGAAUCGAAAACACACUCGCCGAAAGCGAGGACCGCAACAGGUUCUCCCUUGGCUCGGAUUUGCAUGGCCACGCCCUGGUGGCAGUGAUCGGCGGGGAGGAGGAGCACUUUGAAGACUUUGGGGAAAGCAACUCCGCCUCCGACCUUUUGCUGGCCAAUCAGGAGGAGGCGAGGGCGGCCCCUGAAGGAGAGGGAGAUCCGGAGCCACACCCACACGCUGGCAGCCCGGUGCGCCGACCACCGAUGCUGCUGUCACCAAGCUCCGAGCCUUUUCCCUCCAGCUUCCAGAAUUUCCUGCAGUCGGAAUCUCUGGAGUUUUUCUGCACCCACUGUCACAAACAGAUCAGCCGCCUGGAGGAUCUCUCCACACGUCUGCACUUACUCGAAAUGAAUAGCUCCAGCAAGCGACUGUCCAGUAAAAAAGCCGCAAGGCAUUUGUUACAGUCUAGUGGUCUAGAUGGUAUGAGCGAUCUGAGCCAGGACAUUCUGGACCUUGCUGAUAGUGACAUCACUGAUAAGGUGCUACUUCUGGAACGGCGUGUGUCUGAGCUGGAGAAGGACUCGGCCACGAGCGAGGAGCAGCACGCUCGUCUGCGGCAGGAAAACCUGACCCUGGUGCAUCGCGCUAACGCUCUGGAGGAGCAGCUCAAGGAGCAGGAGCUGCACGCCGAUGAGACCCUGAACACACUCGCCCGCAAACACAGGGAUGCUCUGAGCAAGCUACAGCGCGAGAGAGAGCUGGAGAUCGAGAACCUGCAGGCCAGGCUGCAUCAGUUGGAUGAAGAGAACAGUGAGUUAAGGUCAUGCGUUCCGUGUCUGAGAGCUAACAUCGAAAGACUGGAAGAGGAGAAGAGAAAGCUCCAGGAUGAAAUUGACGAUAUAACCGACAGACUUAACGAAGAAACUGACUCGCGCAGGAAGAUGGCCGAUAAGCUGAGCCAUGAGCGACACACCAGCCAGAAAGAAAAAGAGACAACACAGGAGCUGAUCGAGGACUUGAGAAAGCAGCUGGAAAUGCUGCAGCUGUUUAAGUUAGAGACGGAGGCUCGACGAGGCCGCUCACCCGCCGCCGGACUGCAGGAGUACAACACGCAUAUGAGAGAGAAUGAGCUGGAGCAGGAAAUCCGACGUCUCAAGCAGGAUAACCGCAGUUUGAAGGAGCAAAACGAUGAGCUAAAUGGACAGAUCAUUAACCUCAGCAUUCAGGGAGCCAAAAGCCUCUUCACCGAAUCUCUGUCCGAGUCGCUGGCCGCAGAGAUCAACAAUGUCUCUCGCGCAGAGCUAAUGGAGGCCAUCCAGAAGCAGGAAGAGAUUAACUUCCGGCUGCAGGACUACAUCGACCGCAUCAUCGUAGCAAUCAUGGAGUCCAACCCUUCUAUACUGGAGGUCAAGUAAUCACCACGACAACAGACCCUGAACACAUGACCGCACCAAGGCUGUGCAACGAACAGAGAGGAUAUAGAUUUCUCAUUUCUAUCUCGACUACGAUUCUGCUUUCUGUCGUCAUGCCCCGUUUCAGGAAAGAGUGUGUCUGUGUGCGUGCGUGUGUUUGGAAACAGUGUAUGUUUGUUCCUGUGACUUCCCUGUAGGGAGUGAGGGGCUCAAACCCUUAGAGGUGUGUGUACACACACACACACACACACACACACACACACACACACGCACAUGCGUUAAUUGGCUAUUUCAGUAUUAAUGACCUUAUGAGCCGUAGUGCGACACUAUGCAUUUCUAUCACCACACAUACAUAAGCUACAGUAUUUAUAUUCAAUCAUAUUUCUUUUUUUUUUUUUUUUUUUAAAUCCCUGGACAAGUCUUCUUGUUGUUUAAACUUCUGGUUCUUAAAGAAGUGUCCAUGAUCUAUAUCUAGGUCUCUGUGAAUACUUUUUUUUAUUAAAACUCGCACGACAGUGACGAGCAGUAUCGACCAAUAACAUGGUCACUGCGGUUAUCAUUUGUUUAUUAUAGUUAAAAGCCGAUUUGACUGUCCUCUUAAAAAUAAAGGACAAUUGAAAUAAUAAAAUCUGUGCUGAAGCAUGAGAAACACUCGUUCUCUAGGUGCAACAUUUCGAGGACUUGUCUAAUAUUUUAGAGGAAUACGUCUAGUAAGUGCCUCCUGGGAAUAUAACGUGCAUAAACUACUUGGAGUGGAUGUAUUUUGUUUUGUUUAACUGUUUUUUAUGUUAGCACGCGCACACACACAAGUACAGUUGUUGUUUUGAGUUUUUGUUUGACUUGAAGUUUAGCUCUGUGAUCAACCCCAUGUGAGGGACAUGAUGUGGCCUGAAAGGGUGUGUUUGUGAUGUCAUAACUUACGAGUGUGAUGAUCUAUCUUGUUAAGCUGAUAACGAGUUUUGUGUGUGUGAACAGUUUUUGUUUUCCCUUUAUGUAUUUUUUUACGAUGAAGCAGAAGGCCGAGAGCCACGGCGCGUCGUGAAGGUUAAGGGGCGUGGCUCUGAGCCAACAUGUGCUUUCCUGCUGAGUGAACGGAGACGUCCUAUGAGGGACAUCCUCUGGGACAAAUUUAAAAUGUGUUCGUUUGCAUCGAACGACUUUGUGUAUAAGUAUAAAUAUAGAAAUUAUAUCCGUUUCCACAUGCGGAAGCUGAAGAAAACGAUUGCACUCGAAAAACUUUGAUAAAGACGGAUCCCUCGGCUGGAACGACGAGAGCUUAUUUUCUGAUUAAAUUAUUUUGAACCGAUGAGACGGACAAAGCGGAGAUGGACGUGAAAGACUUGGGAGAGCCUACUGAGACACGGGCACUCAAAUCCGCACACACAAACAUUUUUCUUUCUCCAUCUUCGACCUCGAAACAAUCCUUUACAGACUGAUUCCUCAUCCUGAUUUACUUCUUCUGUGUGUUUUAUAUAUGGAAGGAAAAGUGUAAUCUUGUCUUCCACUGUCACGUGUGUGAGAGAAUGUUUGAGGAUUUCAGGAGCUUGACUACGAGCUGAUGUACAGUAUUACACUUAAUGUAGUACCGUAUUUUCCGGAUUGCAGGUGCUGCGAAGAAUAAAUAAAAAGAAAUAAAUAAAUGCAUAAGUUUGUGCGCCUUAAUAAUUCUGUUUUUAUUAGGGGUUCUACAGUAGAUAUUCUACUUCAGGAUAAUUUGACAAAAUAAAAGUUAUAGCAUAAACAAGGCGGGUACAGUAAUGUAACGCAAUAAACAAAGUAGAUUUUUUUUUUCUUUAUGCAAACAAAAUCCGGAAAAUACGGUAAAGUGAAAUGAAGUGCUAAGAUGUGUAAAUUCCAGGAGUAUGACAAUUUGUCACUACUUUUUUUUUUUCCCUUUUUGACUAAAUCCCAGUCACAUCAAAUGUAAUGACAUCAGACGGUCCGGUCUUGUGUUUCAGGUGUCUGUUCUGUGAUAUCCUGCGGUUCCUGCUUUAUUUAACACUCUAAAACACUCCAAAAAGCAAAAGCAACACUUUAUUUUCUGCGUUGUGCAAUCUAGCUCUUUAUUCAAAAUGGUCUGAACAGUUCACUUUCUUUUGCUUGGAUGUGCUGACUAGUGUGUGUGACUUCCUUCCUUUCGCUCUCUCGCUCUCUCUCUCUUUCUCUCUCACACAUAUCUUAAUAUGUAUAAAGAUACUGAUUGAUUUCUGUAUAUAUAUACAGCGUUCUACUUUUGGUCAAUCUGCACUCGCACACUUGAAAAACGUCCAAAGCAGGAGCGGGAGCAGGCGCUCCACUUCGUCACUUAGAAAAAUUGUGAAUCCGAAUUUUAGCUACGAGUAGACAUAAGACGUUCUUGUUGUAAAAAUGAAGAUGAAAUUUAUUCUGAUUAUAAAAUAACAUGUAUAGAAGGAUAAACUAGGAUAUCAGUAUUGUCUUCUGCUGCAAGUUUAUUUUUUUCUUCUUUCGAAGACGGCCCGCAAGGUGUAUUAACUCUUAUUGUCUGAGGGGCCUGUAGAUUUUUUUUCUGAGUCAUUGUAUAAAGGUGAAAAAAGAAAAUAGGAAAUGAAACCUAGAUGCGAAUCAAUAAAAAUGAACAGAUCUUA